AUGACUGAAGCUGACUUCGAUAGAGCACCACCUAGUAUUUCAGUGGCAGACUACGUGAAUCGGUUUGCUACCUACUUGGAACUCUCGAUGUCUCUCCUUCUCAGCGUAGUGCUGUAUCUCGAUCGACUAUCGACAAGAUAUCCGACCUUUAUCCUGUCGUCCUUAAAGAUCUAUCGAUUCCUGAUUAGCACUGCAACAGUGGUAGGAAAAGGUUUCAGUGAUAGGUACUGCUCCAAUUAUGUCUAUGCGAGAGACGGCAGUAUCACGACUCUCGAAUUUGCAUUGCUCGAACUCGAUCUUUUGCAGAGAUCUCAGUGGCACAUCACCCCUCGACACGGAGUGCUCGAGGAGUACUACCGGGGCCCGAUGAAGAGAACGGAGGGAUACGAGAUUGCUUAUCGCUAA